AUGCCUCGAGGACCUCGUCGACCAGAAUAUUAUAGGAAUGCGUCGUCGCCUUCUGGUAGAAGUGAUCUUCUUUCUUCUCUCUUCGUCGCAGACACUUUCGGUCUCCCAUUGCCUCAAUGCUCGUCUGUUUGCUCAAGCGUUGGUGUUUGUGGCCAGUCCAGCCUCAAUUUCGAUGGCUCAACCGGCUCUUCUUACAAGCCUGAUCGUCACACCUCUACAUUGCACACUCUGUUGACUUUACGCUUUUCCCAAAUUUAUCUUUUCUCCCACAACCCCCUCUUGUCUCCUCGCCUCCUUUCUUCCCAUUCUUGCCUCCAUCACCUCUUCAUUUCCCCCCGUGACUAUUCUUCCUUAUCAAUUCGCUUCUUUGGCGUUUGGCCGUCCAAACGGCAUAUGUUUAUUCAUGCUUCUGCCCCAACGCCCGUCCGCUGUCUCAAUUGCAAGGACCGAAUGGGAAUGGAUAACCAAAAGUGCUUUGAUUAA